AUGUCUCAGAAAGUAGAAAAUUCUGGUUAUGAUUUACCUGUUCCUAAAUCUACUUUAUAUAAAUCUGAAACCAAGAAAAGCAAAUCACUUAUAACAGAGGUUCUCCCGUCCAGUGUGAAAUAUCGCCAAUUAACAAUACUAGAUGUCCUUCCUAAAUGGCGUGAACAUGAACAGAAGUUUCAUUUUCGCCAACAAACUACGUCACAGUGUUAUGGAAAUACCUGGAGAAAGUUGAAAAUAAGUUGCCAAAAGUAA